AUGAGUCUUGCCGGAGUGGUCAUGGCAGCAGGCGAGGGAAAGCGGAUGCGUUCCCGUAUUCCAAAGCCAUUGCACCGCAUCUGCGGGAAGGAGAUGAUCCGCUACCCGGUGGAACUGAUGAAGGUUGCGGGUGCGGAUCGGGUGAUAGUUGUCGUGUCUCCGGAUAAUCGCGAGGCCAUCAAGGCCGUCCUGGGCGAGACCGUGGAGUAUGCCGUUCAGGAACAGGCCGACGGCACGGGAGGAGCUGUCGCGAGCUGCCUCCAACUCCUGCAUGGCAACACCGAAAACAUGCUGGUCGUAGGCGCGGACACUGCUCUGGUCCAAUUGGAUUCAGUGAACACACUGCUUGAGACUCACUCGGAGGCCGCCGCCUCCAUGGCGGUGUUGACCGCUCCUAGUGAUGGGCCGUCUGAUCUCGGCAGGGUGGUGCUGUCCAAGGGAGGCAAGAUCAUCCGCAUCGUCGAAGCAUCCGAAGUCGAAGGGAACCGCGACGAAUUAUCACCGCUGUUCAACGCUGGCGUCUAUUGCUUCAAAUACUCUUGGCUUGAGCGAAGCAUUGGUAAGCUCCGGCCCCGUCCCUCCGGUGAGCUGUACCUAACCGACCUUGCUGCCAUUGGAUCCAGGGCGAAGGCCGGGGUUUCUCCGGUCCUCGUCGGUGAAAUGGAGGAAGUCAUUGGGAUCAACAAUCGGUCGCAGCUCGCUAUCGCCGAGGCGGUGAUACGAGAUCGAAUUCGUGAGCAGUGGAUGUUGGCCGGGGUUACCAUGACCGACCCCGGCACGGUCUACAUUGAUGCCGACGUGACAAUCGGGAUGGAUACCACAAUCCUGCCCAAUACCAUCCUGAGUGGUACUACCUCUAUCGGUGAGAACUGCGAGAUUGGUCCCAACUCCGUGAUUCGCGACAGCGCCAUCGGCCACAACUGCCGCGUUACCUCGUCUGCCCUCGAGGAAGCCACCAUGGAGGACCACACGGACAUCGGCCCCUUCAGCCACCUGCGCCCGGGAGCCUAUCUCGAGUCCGGAGUCCACAUAGGCAACUACGUGGAGAUAAAGGAGAGCAGGUUCAGGUCCGGCGCAGUGAUGGGCCAUUUCGGAUACGCUGGAGACGCCACCAUCGGGGCCAGGGUCAACGUCGGCGCGGGAAUGAUCACCUGCAACUACGAUGGCAAGGCCAAGCACCGGACCGUGGUCGAGGACGACGCCUUCAUCGGUUGCGACACCAUGCUCGUGGCGCCGGUUACGGUGGGCGAGGGAUCAAUCACCGGAGCGGGAGCGGUGGUGACGAAAGACAUACCCCCCGCUAGACUCGCCGUGGGGGUACCUGCUACCAUUAAGCGCAACUUGAAAUAG